UGGGCCCCAGGCACCCUGAGCAGCCCUGGAGGAGCAGCGCCGGGGACGGCGUGGGGCCACUUGGGCAUGCGGGUCGUGUGGACGCCCUGGCAGCUCAUCUGGAUGGUACUGCAGCUGGGCUGGCGGCUGGGACAGCUCCAAGUCUGCCCCGAAAGGCCCGGGAGCCCCCUCACUUUCUUGCCAGCCCAGCUGACAGUGCCUGAGGGCGGGGAAGCCACCUUCUUCUGCAGCUACCCCAACAUGACAGCGCCCACCAUGCUGAACUGGUACCGGAGCAGCCCCAGCAACCAGUCGGUCAAGCUGGCCGCCUUCCCCAAGGACCACGGCGAGCCAGCCCGGGACCAGCGCUUCAGCAUCACGCAGCUGGCGGGCAAGCAGGCCUUCCGUCUGCACAUCAGCACCGUCCUGCGCAACGACAGCAACACCUACUACUGCGGGGCCAUCAACCUGCCCCCUGAGACGCAGAUCACUGAGAGCCCCUGUGCGGAGCUCACAGUGACGGACAGAGUCUCAGAAUCACCCACCACACACCCCAGCCCUGCACCUGGGCCCAAGGGCCAGUUCCAGGCCCUGGUCAUCAGCAUCACGAGUGUCCUAGUGGGUGUCCUGGUGCUGCUGUUGCUGGCCUGGGUCCUGGCCACUGUCCUUCCCAGGGGCACUCAAGGUCGCUCUGCAGGAGCCAGCGGAGCACGGAGCGACGGCCAGCCUGCGAAGGAGGACCCUUCGGCCACACCUGUGUUCACUGUGGACUACGGCGAGCUGGACUUCCAGCGAAGGGAGAAGACCCCAGAGCCCCCCGGUGCCUGCUUACCCGAGCAGACAGAGUACGCCACCAUUGUUUUCCCAGAUGGCGUGUCCCACAUGGGCCGCAGGGGCUCAGCCGAUGGCCUGUGGGGACCCCGGCCUCUGAGGCCAGAGGACACUCACUGCUCCUGGCCCCUCUGACCACUGGCCUCGGUCCCCCAUGGCCUUGAGGCCCCCGCUGAGAGCUAAGGCCAGCUCCUUCACUCUGGAGAGCAUGCAGGUCAGGGAACAGUGGGGCCACUUGAGGGGUGAGCCCUGUCCCCACAGGACUGCCCUGCUCCUGCCCUGCAUGGUGGCUGAAGUCACACUGGACUCUCCAGUGCUCACAGCAAGCCUGGGCAGCAGGUAGUACCUCUGUCGCCCCAGGCUGAGGAAGACAGGACUCAGGAGGAUGGGACAGCCCCAGCCACAGGCCUUGUGUGGGCAGAGCUGGCCCCUGUAAUCACAGCUGCGGCACAGCUGGGCUCCUCGCACCUCCAACACCCACCCACCAGGGCCCGCCAGCUCCUCCCCACAGGCAAGGCCUGGGCUGUGGCAGAAGCUGCAUGGAAGGGGCCCGGGGGUGCCCCAUAAUGGAGGAGACAGGCACACCCAACAGGGUCAGGGCCGCCCUGAGGGGCUGCAGCCUCACUGCUCAUCCCAGCGUUGUGUAACCAUCUCUGCCACCCACCUGUGGGGAGCAGGGGACAGAGCCCCUUCUGGGGGCAGGUGCCCUUCUGCUGGGUGCCAAUGGCGAGACUGGCAGCUCGUCUUUCCGUCCGGGCACGGCUGUCUGCUGUCCAUAGAGCAGGGUGCCUGGAGUCCCUGUGGCCAGUGGCCACCAGGUGGUUGGGGCCCAGGAGCAAGUGCCCCCAUCCUAGGUACAGCACUCACAGGCUGGGCAACCCCUCCCCACUAGGGUUUAUUAUAUUAUAUAUUAUAAUUAAAUAAUAAUGGAAU